CUGAGCGUUAGCGCGAGCGGCGGCUCAUCUUUCGAUCUCUCGUUCAUCGUCCACUUAUCGCUUCUCCCUCUUUACUCUUCCAUCUCACUCCCCACAUUCCAUCUUCCGCGACAAUGAAAAUCACCUUCAAGACCGUGCAGAACAAGCUGUUCACUAUCGACGCUGAUGAGUCGGAGACCGUUGGCGGACUCAAGGCAAAGAUCCAGGAGAGCCAGACCUUUCCCGCUGCCAACCAGAAGCUCAUCUACUCUGGCAAGAUCCUCAAGGAUGAGUCGACCGUCGGCGAGCUCAAGAUCAAGGAGAAGGACUUCCUCGUUGUAAUGGUGUCCAAGCCCAAGACACCUGUCCCCACAUCUUCUCCCGCGCCUGCUACUACUCCUGCUGCUGCACCUUCCGCGGCUCCCGCUGCUGCUCCGGCUGAGCCCACUCCCGCGCCAUCGGCUUCUGCGACUGAUACGACUCCUGCUGCGGCUCAGUCUGCUUCCGAUUCUGCACCUGCUGCUACAGAGUCUUCUGCCGCCGCCACUCAACCUACUGAACCAUCGGGCGAUGUUGGUAUGGGCUCCUCCUUCCUCACCGGCUCCGCACUCCAAAGUGCCACGGACGCCAUCAUCGAAAUGGGCUUCCCGCGCGACCAGGUUGUCCGCGCUCUCCGUGCCAGCUUCAACAACCCCGACCGCGCCGUCGAGUAUCUCAUGACUGGCCACAUUCCGGAGACAGAGCCCGCGGCCCCCCGUGCCCCCUCUCCGCAGGCCACCCCGGCUGCUCCGUCUCACGCCGUCCCUGCUGCUGCUCCGGCCGCGGCUUCAGGUUCGACCGCGGCCGCGGCAGGUACUGCUCCUUCCGCAGGCAGCAGCUCAGCCGACAACCUCUUCGCCGCUGCCGAGGCCGCCAUGAGCCGUGACCGUCCGAAUGUACCCACCGGCACUGGACUUGACGAGGAAACCAUGGCCGCUAUCGCCAAUUCGCCUCAGCUGCAGCGCAUCCGCCAGGCUGUGCAGCAGAACCCGGCUCUUAUCCAGCCGCUCCUCCAGCAGGUUGCCCAGCAGAAUCCCGCACUUGCCCAGCUUAUCAACGAAAACCCCCAGUCUCUGUACGACCUGCUCGGUAUCACGCCUGAGGAGAUCGAGCAAACCAUGUACCCGCAGCAGGUGAUGCAGGUCGACCUCACCCAGGAGGAGGCUGCAGCUGUCGAGAGGCUGGAGCAGCUUGGCUUUGACCGCCAGAUGGUCCUUCAAGCAUUCCUUCUGUGUGACAAGAACGAGGAGCUUGCUGCCAAUUUCCUGUUCGAGAGCACAGAGGAGGACCAGCAGAUGCACUGAGCGGGAGUUGCGGUCUGAUCCACUGGGGCUGAGAGAGUCUUCAUGUAAUGUAUCAUGUUUCGGGGGCAGAGUGACCGCAGGAGGAGCAGAUACGCUGGGGCUUUUGCGACCAUUAUAGAG